AUGGGCGAUCGAGGGACAAGUACUGGUAUAAUAAAGCUAGCUAGAGCUAUACAGGGGGAAGUACCUGGAACAUAUGUAAAGUGUAUUACCAUUGGUAAUUCAGUCAUUGAAGAUAUCGAAGACACAUAUUUCAUGCCAAUUAAUGAUCAGUUAGAUUACGUUUGUCGUGUGAUAAACGAAGACAAAAACUUCUCCAAUGGUCUACAUCUGAUUGGUAUAUCACAAGGCGGAUUAUUUGUCAGAGCGUUAGUCCAAAAAUGCAAUUUCACGAAAGUCGGUACAGUUGUUUCUAUUGGGGGGCCGCAACAAGGAGUGUUUGGCCUACCAAAAUGUACUGUUGAUGGCUUUAUUCAUCUUUGCUUAUUAAUGAACGAACUACUAUCCUAUGGAGCCUAUACUAAAUUUGUCCAGAGUCACGUUGUUCAAGCGCAAUAUUGGCAUGAUCCAUUGGAAGAAGAUGUUUAUCGCAAAUAUUCUCAGUUUUUGGCAGAUAUUAACCAAGAAAAUGAAAUAAACGAAAUUUAUCGUGAAAAAAUGAAAAAUAUCCAACGACUAGUAUUGGUAAAGUUCUCCGAUGACAGUAUUGUCAUCCCUAAAGAAUCAGAAUGGUUUGGAUUUUAUCAGCAUGGAUCCACGACAAAUAUAACAGCAUUACAGGAGAGCAAACUGUAUACUGAGGAUCGUUUAGGCAUUCAACAUCUUGACAAAAGAGGUGAUUUACAUUUAAUUGAAAAAGAUGGUGAUCAUUUACAUUUCGAUCUGAAUUGGUUUGUUGAAAAGAUUGUAAUACCUUUUCUGAAAUAA